AUGGCCCCAAAACGUCAAAGAAAUUCUUCGCCUCCCGCCCCAUCUUCUCCCCUUCAAGGCCCAUCAGCGCGUCGAGGCUCCCAAUCAUCCCUCCCACCCUCUUCACCUCCUGCCCCAUUCUCUGACACCGACGAUAGUCUAGACGAAAGAGACGCUGUGGCAGAUGUUGAAGGCGAGGAUGAAGACGCGGAAGGAGAGGAUCUGUUUGGUGAAGCCCUAGACGAAGAUUACGCCGCAAAUGAUGCCCUCGAUCGCUACUCGGACACUGGAAUUGAUGACGAGCAGAAUGUGGCGGAGCUCUCAGCAGCGGCGCGUCGUGCUGCCGAAGCAAAGAUGGCGCGUCGCGAUAGGAUGGAACGUGGUGGCCGACAUGGUCAACGUGCUGCUCGUCGAAGCCAUGCUCCUGCGUUUCUCGGAAGUGACGACGAUUUGGAUAACGAAGACCUUAUGGACGAUGAGCUUGGGCUUUCGAGCAUGAAACGGCGCACGCGAAAACAAUACGAUGAGCGGAGAGACGCUGAUGAUCUGGAGGGCAUCGAAGAUGAAAUUCCACUGGAACAACUCAGCGAUAUCAAAGCCAAGUCUAUUGUUGAAUGGAUCGCUCAUGAUCGUGUCCGUCGGUCAAUCAUCAGGCAUUUCCGCCAUUUCCUGAUGACCUUCGUCGAUGAUCAUGGGGCAUCUGUCUACGGUCAACGUAUCCGAAAUCUGGGAGAGACCAACUCCGAGUCCUUGGAAGUCUCCUACCUGCAUCUCGCGCAAUCCAAACCUAUUCUGGCCUACUUUUUGACGAAUUCACCCACUGCUAUGCUCGAAAUCUUCGACGAAGUUGCUCUUAACGCCAUUCUUGUUUACUUUCCUGCAUACGAACGCAUCCAUUCCGAGGUCCACGUCCGAAUCGCAGACCUUCCUCUCAGCAUGACACUUCGAGACCUCCGACGAGCUAAUCUCAACAACCUCGUUCGCAUCUCUGGUGUUGUAACACGACGAACCGGAGUCUUCCCUCAACUGAAAUACGUCAAGUUUGAUUGUCGUAAGUGCAAGGGUGUCCUGGGGCCCUUCUACCAAGAUGCCUCUAGGGAAGUGAGGAUUAGUUAUUGCCCAAAUUGCGAGAGCAAAGGGCCCUUCACGGUCAACUCAGAACAGACUGUCUAUCGGAAUUACCAAAAGAUGACGCUCCAAGAGUCUCCAGGGUCUGUACCUGCAGGUCGUCUACCUCGACACCGUGAGGUCAUCCUAUUGUGGGAUCUUAUCGACAGCGCGAAGCCUGGAGAAGAGGUGGAGGUCACUGGGAUUUAUCGAAACAAUUUCGACGCAUCUCUGAACUCGAAGAACGGGUUCCCUGUCUUUUCGACCGUCAUCGAGGCAAACCACGUCAACAAGAAGGAGGAUCUCUUUGCUGCUUUCCGUCUAACGGAAGAAGAUGAAAGGGAAAUGCGUAAUCUUGCGAAAGACGAGCGCAUCCGCAAGCGUAUCAUCAAGUCAAUAGCACCCUCCAUCUAUGGCCACGAAGACAUCAAGACUGCCAUUGCCCUCUCCCUCUUUGGUGGUGUACCCAAGGACAUCAACCACAAGCAUCGCAUCCGUGGAGACAUCAACGUCCUUCUGUUGGGUGACCCCGGUACAGCCAAGUCCCAAUUCCUCAAAUACGUCGAGAAGACUGCCCACCGAUCCGUCUUCGCCACAGGCCAAGGUGCGUCCGCCGUUGGUCUCACCGCAAGCGUCCGAAAGGACCCCAUCACGCGCGAAUGGACGCUCGAGGGCGGUGCGCUGGUCCUCGCGGACAAGGGCACCUGCCUCAUCGACGAGUUCGACAAGAUGAACGACGCAGACCGGACGUCGAUCCACGAGGCCAUGGAGCAACAGUCCAUCUCCAUCUCCAAAGCCGGUAUUGUAACGAGCUUGCAGGCGAGGUGUGCAAUUAUCGCAGCGGCCAAUCCCGUUCGCGGGCGAUAUAACCCGACAAUUCCGUUCCAGCAGAACGUCGAACUCACGGAGCCCAUUUUGUCGCGGUUUGAUGUCCUGUGUGUAGUGAAGGAUACGGUAGACCCCACCAUGGAUGAGCUGCUCGCGCGAUUUGUUGUGGGCAGCCAUUUGAGGAGUCAUCCAAAGUUUAACAAGGAGACAGAGGAGAUGGGUGUUCAGACUGAGUUGGAUGCAGAUAUCAUUCCUCAAGACGUACUCCGCAAAUACAUUAUGUACGCUAGGGAGAAGAUACGACCCAAGCUGUUCGACCUCGACCAAGAGAAACUCUCGAAGCUUUUCGCAGACCUGCGUCGAGAGUCGAUGGCCACGGGCUCGUACCCUAUUACCGUCCGUCACCUCGAGAGCAUGAUUCGUAUGGCAGAGGCCAGCGCGAAGAUGGCCCUCCGUGAAUACGUCCGAGCGGAUGAUAUCGACCUCGCCAUUGAGGUUGCCGUGGGCAGCUUCGUCAGUGCUCAAAAGUUGAGCAUCAAGAAGACGCUGCAGAGGGGAUUCCGAAAAUACCUGACCCAGUCGAAAGACCACGAGGAACUCCUGUUCUUCUUGCUUGGUGGGCUUAUCAAGAGCAAGGCAAGGCUGUACCAAUUCCAACACCACGAGCAGCCAGAGAAGGUCACUGUCAAGCUUUCUGAGCUGGAAGAAAAGGCAAGUGAAUUUGCGAAGGAGCACGACAUCUUCGACAUCAACUCGUUCUUGCGCUCCGAUUUAUUCAAAGCAAAUAAAUAUGUGUUGAAAGAGAAUGGCGUCAUCGAGAAGACGUUCAAUAUAACUGCUCAGGACCCAUAG